GGCUCGGAGAGUGACUGCGCCUCGAAAUUCCAGCAUAGAAUGGGCGGUGGGUGAAGGAGCGGCCAUGGCGGGAGGCAUGAAGCCCGGCUCGGGGCCGUGUCAGCGGUGUCGCCUCCUGUUAGAGGCUGCCGUACUCUUGGCGAUGCUGUGGGACUCAGAUGGGCAAAUAAUUCAACUUCAAGAUCACCGCAUGUGCACAGAGAAAUCUUCCAAGCAGUUUUGCUACACAAACACUGUAAUCCCCAAAUGGCAUGACAUAUGGACCAAAAUUCAGAUCCGAAUAAACAGCAGCAAGGUGAUCCGCAUCACCCAAGUUGAAAACGAGGAGAAGCUCAAAGAACUGGAGGAGUUUAAUGUGUGGAAUUACAUUGGCUCCUUCUUCAAAGAGAAGCUCAAUGACACCUACAUUAACAUAGGGCUGUACAGCAGUAAAACCUGCUUGAAAGUUGACCCGCUUGAACCUAACACCAAUUACAGCAUCGUAAUUGCUCGCACAUUUGAUCCCAAGCUCUUCGUGGUUUCAUUUCUGGGCCUCUUGCUGUUCUUCUGUGGUGACUUGAUGAGCAGGAGCUCGCUGUUUUUCUAUUCAGCCGGAAUAAGCAUUGGCAUGCUAAGUUCGCUGCUCGUCCUCAUCUAUCUCAUGUCUAGAAUGGUGCCCAAGAAAAGUCCUGUGUACCUCAUGCUGGCAGGAGGCUGGUCUUUUUCUGUGUACCUCAUCCAGCUGGUCUUCAGGAACCUGCAAGAGAUUUGCAAACUAUAUUGGGAGUAUCUGCUGGGCUACAUGAUUGUCGUAGGGUGCCUCAGCUUCGCCGUCUGCUACAGACAUGGCCCCCUGGAGAACGAGCGCAGCAUCAACCUCCUCACUUGGGGCCUGCAGCUCCUGGGCUUGCUGCUCCUCUAUUGCGGCAUCCAGAUACGACAGAUUGCCAUCGCCUUGAUCGUCAUUGCCCUCUGCACUAAAAACCUGGAGUACCCAGUCACGUGGGCCUAUGCCAUCUACAGGAAGGUGUGCACUGCCACAGAAAAGCCCAGCCCGCCACGUCUGUUAACGGAGGAGGAGUACCGCCUGCAGGGGGAGGUGGAGACACAGAGAGCCCUGAUGGAGUUGCGGGAGUACUGCAACAGCCCAGAAUUCUCUGCCUGGAAAGCAGUCUCCCGCAUCCAGUCUCCAAAGAGGUUUGCUGACUUUGUGGAAGGCUCCUCGCAUCUUACCCCUAAUGAGGUCUCUGUCCACGAGCAGGAAUACGGGCUGGGAGGGUCUUUCCUGGAAGAUCAGCUCUUCGAAGAGGAAGAGAUGGAUGACGAUAGCUUUGACGAGGACAAUGGCAUGGACACCUCGCUGCCCCAGAACCACUUGUCAUUCAUGCACAUGGAUUGACUGGCAGUGCCCCCUGCUGAGGCAGGGUGAGAGUUGCAGCUUGGCUGCCCCUCUGCCACAACGAGCACCUCCUACGGCAAGACGACCAUGUGUGUGGCUGUUGUAUACAGAGGCAGACACCGUUGGCAGAUGCUGCAACCUGGGGAGGGAGUGGUGUCUACAGGCCAUUAAAAGUGCUGCCAUCCAUUCCAGACAAUGAACCAAAGGUGGACUGUACAACGCUUGGCGUGCACCCAAGCGUCCUGAACCAAAGUGCCGUCCGGACUGCAAAUCAGCCUGGACCCGGGGCUGUCACUUGUGAAUGAGGCUGAGAAAUGGGUGCAGUGGGGGGGGGGUGAGACUCCUAAUGAGGAGAUUUGCUAACAUUGAGACGGGCGCUACGGAGGAAGGAAGGGCUCAAAAGAAUGGAAUCCGAUUUCCAGGUGAGGCAUGAAUUUGACACAGUGUGCUCUAAGCCGCCUCCUUGGAGACACAGAAAUGUGGUCCUUUGGGGCAGGCUUGCCAGGGUGGCCACGGGAGCUGGGCAGAAAGGCCACUUGACCCAGGAAGCUCCCAGCAGUUGUGCAGCUCUUGCUUUGGGGUUUACCCUCCACUUUGCACGGCUGCAUUUUCUUGCCUUGCCAUUCCCACAUCCGCCGGCGGCUGCCCCAUGCCGUAUCUUUGACUCAAACAAUGGAUACUCAGUAUAGAUUAGCAACACCAAGAAAAACCGAGUAGCACAACACUAUAUUCUUAAAGAUAUACAGUCAAGUGUAACAAAAAUCAAUGUCAUAGAAGAUUCUUGUGUGAGAAUCAAGUCCUCAGUAUCUGUUGAUCCCUGGUGUGAAUCCAGGGAAGACAGCCAUCCAUGUGGCAAUGUAGCACAGUUGUAGUCCACAAUACCGGUAACGUUACCAGUAAUGAGAGUGUGAUAAGGCGUGCCUGCAAAAAGCAGUUUGUACUGGUGUCCCCAUUUGUGAAAAAUUGUUUAUAUUGGGAAACUAUGAUGCAUUGAUUGCUGGUAGAGUCUACAAUUGAGAAAGGCAGGUCUGAAACCGAUAUUGUGGACUACAGUUGUGCUACAUUGCCACGUGGAUGGCUGUCUUCCCUGGAUUCACGCCAAGGAUCAACGGAUACUGAGGACUAGAUUCCCACACAAGAAUUUUCUAUGACAUUGAUUUUUGUUACACUUGACUGUAAAUUGGUAAUGUAUCUUUAAGAAUAUAGUGUUGUGCUACUCGGUUUUUCUUGAUGUUGUGUAUCUUUGGCUCAGACAGGGUUUUUAUUUGCUUCCAAACAAGAUGCUGGCACAGGGGUCUAUGUGGCCCCCACCUGCUUUUUUGUGUGUACUUGUUUUUGACGCUGUACUGGGAGGACGUGAAUUGGGGCAGUAGAAACCAACAUUGCUCACAGAGAAACCAUUGAUGGCAGUGGGCAAUUCUCUGGGCAGUUUCUAGAUAGCUCUUGAAUCCUGUAAACAGCAAUGGCUUAAAUAAAUUGUCUCUGAUUUGUAUGCCAUAAGAGGACUGCAGUUCCUUGACUGCCUCCUGUGGAAAUCCUGCAGCUGCUUCUUAGCAUCCUUCUUGGAUACUGCUAGCUCUAUGGCAAACCUGCCAGGGUGCAGAAUCUCCUUUUGUUUUUCUAUGCAGGUGUUGCUGUAACAUUCUAGGUGAGAAUUUGGCUGAGGGUUGACAGCGGUAAAUUUCCCAUAACCAACGUGUAUGUCUUUUGUUCACAUGUAGUUGUCUGAUGGUGGUGCAGGGUUCUUUUCUCCCUAAAGUCAACUGUGACUGCAAUAGGAUUUACCUUGUGGCUUGUAGCACCUUAUUCUCCCUCCUUUAUUGGUGGGUUGGCUGUUAUAGUACUCUUGAAUAAGCCGGGAAGUAUAGCAGCAUUGUGAUCAAAUACAUUAAGUGAAAGUCUGCUUUUCUGCAGAUGAAAGAACAAUCUCGUAACUGGCUCUGAAAGCAUUUUUAUCCAGACCUGUCAAAUUCUGCCACUGCCCUUUUUUUUAAUUGUGGAUAAUUCUUGAAAUUGAACAAGAGGGAGACACACUUCUGGAUUACUUUAUUUGGAUCCUAAUUGUCAUAGAGUUUGUAUCUUUGCAAAGUAGCUCUACAAAGAAAUAUAGUAAAGGCCUAUAUUUUUGGUGUAGCUGUUACUGAUAGGUUAGUGGGGAUUGGAUAUUCAAAAAGCGGAUUGUCUGGGUCUCUCUGAAGUUAUUUUCAGGGACAACCUCCUCAAAAAUAGAGUUUGCUAACAUAUGUGAGAAAACUUUGACAGGUGUCUUGUGCCUUACCGUUUGCCUGUACAAGCAAAUGCAAUAAAAGGAACAGGUAGCCAUAAUCUUCUCACCUGUUUUGGCUGUCCUGUUUCCUCUUACCAGCCUGUCACUCAAAUGUUUGCAAAGUGCUCGUACUUUGCAAAAACUUGCGACUUAAAUAUGCACAGGAGCCUUUUAUGUAUGGAAACAGCUUUCCAGUUUCAUAACUUGGGGACUGUGGAACAUAUUCAGAUUUAGUCAGAAAGCGUAGAGACCUGCGUUUGUAGACGUCCUUGACUAAGGGUUUGGGGCAACAUGGUACUGUUGCUGAAAACUGCAAGCUUUCCAUCAUUCUUCUAUCCUGCUCCCCUUGCCAUGUCUGCGUUUCUCCAGCAGAUGUGGAUGGGAAAAGGAAUGUCAGGGUUUGAGGUAGGUUGUUACAGAGAGUGAGGAGAUGACAACAUAGGGGCUGUGUGUUAUCGUUUUUACCCUCUGCUUUCCUGGAGGUGAUCUGAUCCAUCCUCUUGCGUUCUGUGUUUAGAACUCGGGUCUCAAAAGCAAAAUUGCUAGCGAUGUUCAUCCCCCCUUAAAGAGUUAAGCUGAAGUCUGAAUCACAGCCAAGCAUCCCUCUGAAUGUGUUUGAACCCCUCCUUAAAAUGUUUUUGCUUCAAGUCCUAUGCAAAAACAGCUUCAUGCACAAACUGUGACUGUUGCCUCUCUUCAAGCACUGCGACCAGCAUGAAAGCACUGUGCUUUCCCACUCAGAUCAGCUUAUGCACGUUGGCUGGGAAGGGCAAAAUUUAUGCAGUGUCUCUUAUUCCUUGUGGAAUAUAAGCCAUAAAAGGGGGUGGCGGGGAGGAAAAGAAAGGAGGUUGUCUCCUAACCAUAGAUCAAAAUGCUUGCAUAUCUUGAUUUUUUAAAAAAAAAUUAAACAUUUUUGUCUUUAAUUUUUAUUUCUUCCAUGAGGUCAAAAUAUUUUUUUAAAACACUGAAUGUACUGAUAUGCUGUUGAAAUGCUUUGAGUUGUAAAGGAUUGAGAUUUUUAUAAAUAAAGUUACGUUUUGCAGGGGAUCCUUCUCCUUGUAGGAAAA